GUCGCCAUAUUACAGCUGUAUGGGUGUGUUGGGGGUCAUUGUCAGUCGUUGUGAGUGAUUUGUUUAUGUGAUGGGUAUUGCCUUACCAUGACGGUCGAUUUUGGUGAUUAUUUCUGGGGAGAGAAGAACAAUGGCUUCACUGUUCUUUAUCAGAAUAUGAAACAUGGUUUGGUUGCAAGCAAAGAAUUUGCCGACUUCCUCAGGGAAAGAUCUAACAUUGAAGAAAAUAAUUCAAAGUUAUUGGCUAAGUUAGCUAAGCAAACAAGUUCUGGAAGUGUACAAGGGACAUUUGCUCCAGUUUGGCAAGUUCUCCGCUCUUCAGCAGAGAAACUGUCAAAUUUGCACAUGCAGAUGGUACAGAAAGUUACUGAACUGGUGAAAGAAGUUAGCAAAUAUGCCGAAGAACUUCAUAAAAAACAUAAAUUGGUUAAAGAGGAAGAAGGAAGCACAUUGGAAGUGGUCCAAGCUAUACAGUCAACGACCUUGAUACUACAAAAGGCUAAGGAUACAUACACACAAAGGGGCUUGGAAUAUGAAAAAUUAAAGAAAGAAAAUGCGUCACCUAAGGAUCUGGAGAAAGCAGAAAUAAAACUCAAGAAGGCGCAAGAAGAGUAUAAAGCAUUGAUAGAAAAAUACAAGAUGAUUAAAGAGGAAUUUGAAAGGAAAAUGAUAUUGGCUUGCAGGCAUUUUCAAGAAAUUGAGGAGGCUCAUGUGAAACAGAUGAAAGAAUUUCUCAAUACUUACGCUGACGAUCUGCAGCACAACCAUGAGCUCAUUGGACAGAUACAUAUUGACUUCAAACGCCAGUGUUUGGAAAUGACUGUUGAAAAACUACUUGAACAGUUCGUUUUGACGAAGUACACUGGCUUGGAAAGACCAUGUGCAAUUGAAUUUGAGGAGUUUAGUAUAUCAGGGCUUUCAUCCAUAACUAGUCAGGCGCAGGAUUCCUCAGAAAAAACAACAAAUGGUGAAAAGCCUUCAAAGAAAGAAGGUAAUCUAGAUUGUGCUGCUCAGAAGCCCAAAGAAAGCAAAACAUCCCGCCGCACUACCUCCCUUCUGAACCUCUUCAUGUCUAGCUCCCAGGGGUUUUUAAGAAGCAGGCGUGAGAAGCGAAAGGAAAAGAAAGCGAAAAAGAAGAAAGAUGGCAUGGAUAACACUAGUAGUAAAGAAGAAAAGUCAGAUGUAAAGAAUGGAAGUCUUGAUGCUUCCAGGGAAGACAAGGAUGACAAUAGGAAGUCAGAGACACCAACUCCCGAAGUGGAUGAGGAGGGCUACUGUAUCAAACCUAAACCGGAUCCUUGGGAAAAUGAUAAAGGGAGCUUUUAUUCGAGCUCAGACACUGAUUCAGACGAUGAAAGAGAACACAAAAUUCAUGUGGAAAUCAAACCAUUAAGCAACGGGUCUGCUCCAAUGAGUGCCAGUGUUGAUGAGCUCCGUGCAACGGUGGAAAACUUGUCACUUUCACCAGUUGCUACAGUUACAGCAAGAAGAGAUUCAGCUGCUGACCCAGACUCUCACAUCAAACGCUCCCAGUCUGUCUCUCAACAGCUAGGAGGGAAACCAAGUAGUGAUCUUUUGGGAUUGAAUCUCUUCCAAAGUCCGACUGCAUCUAGUGCCUCAACCCCAACAGGGAAUCAUCCAUAUGCACCACUACACAGCCCAACGCAGCCAACAGUUAGCAGUCCAGCUCCGUCAACAUCAUCAUCACGCUAUGCAGAUCUGGGAGAUCUUUUCUCUGAAGUUGGGGAAAUGCAACAGCCAGCCUUACCACCAAAGCAGUCGCGGCAGACACCAACACCCACACAGGGCACCAUUGCAAUUCCAAGGCCACCAUCAAGACGAGGAGAGGGUCCAUCUACGCGUGGCAGAAUGAGUCCAGCUCCAAUUGCCCGUGCGGAUAGUGUUGGGAGCUUGGAGUUCCGCACAGCUGGCGUUCCAGUAGGAUCAUCACGAGGACCAUCACCCCUUACUAUUGGAAUGGCUGACACCAUACCACUUGCUGUUGCAUUUCAUGAAAUUGUCCACUCCUACUUUAGAGGGACAGAUGAAACAAAGUGCCAGGUGAAGUUGUCUGGUGACAUGAUGCUCUCAUUCCCUGCUGGAAUUGUGGCUGUGCUAGCUAACAAUCCAAGUCCUGCCCAAUUAUCAUUCCGAAUUCGUAACACUCAUAGGCUUGAGGACAUGCUGCCCAAUAAACAGCUCGUCACAAUAGACUCUGCCCAGUCAAGUCACGACAGUACAGUAUUUGAUUUCAACAUGAAUGCAUUAACAGCUCUACUUCGAAGGCAGUCGGAUCAGAACCCGUCAGCAUCCUACUUUAAUGUAGAUAUUUUAAAGUACAAGAUAAAGCCAAAGAGUGGAGCAGGGUCCUGUCCAUUCCAGCUGGUAGCUUAUUGGAAAUGUGAAUCGAGCCAUACUGACCUCAGAAUCGACUACAAAUACAACAGUCAUGCUAUGUCUUCAGCCUCGCCUCUACUGAAUCUCACUGUAGCUGUUCCAGUUGAUGGUGGUGUCAAAAACAUGCAAUCUAAGCCAAAUGCUCAAUGGCAGCCAGAAAAUAAUCGUGCUUUAUGGAAAUUCACGGAACUCUCCCAACAUAGUGAAAAUCAUGGUGUUGGUUCCCUGAGGGCACGUUUGGAAGUGACUAAUGGUCCAAGUAAUCAGAGCACUAUAGCAACACAAUUUAAUUGUGAAGGUACUACUCUGUCAGGCUUAGAGUUUGAGCUGGUUGGUGCAGGCUACAGACUGUCACUUGUGAAACGAAGAUUUGUCUCAGGCAAGUAUAUAUGUGAUGGUGACCCUGAUCCAAGGAAUAGGUAUGCAACUCCACCAGGAUCAGAAUGCUAGCAGCUGUGCUGUUUCUUGGAAACUCAUAAGUUCCAUACUUGUUUAGUUCCAGUGACUGUGUGUGUCAGUGAAUAUGGAGUGUAUGUGAGAAAACCUAUUGAGUGAUAUGAAAAUUUGCAGUUGUGUAUUUGAAAAAGUCAAAGUACCAAAUUGACUGUUUGUAAUAAUCUAAGUCAUACCUCAACAUUUAUUUUAUCAUAAAGAGUAUUUUAAAUUCAUUGUAAAAUGAUGUGUACAAUAAUGCUGUUACUAUGAAAGGCAUUUCAGGUAAAACCUUUCAAAAUACAUAACUGGUCCUUAUGAAAAGGACAGUGAUUCCUUGAGGCUAACUGAGGAAAAAAAAGAGUGAAUGGAUGUCAUUGACGAUGUGCAGUUGGGUGAACUUAUACCACAGUUUAAACAUUAGAUAAGUUGACUCAUGUAUUUAAAAAGUGAAAUGGCUAUUUUAUAAGUAUUUAAAUCCAAAUCUGAUUUUUUUUAACAUGUAUGAAACACACUGAAAAUUGUUGGCAUUUUUAUUCUGCCUUAAUUUACAUUCUUAUGUUUAUACUAAACAAUGAGAAAUAUUGAACAGAUAGGCACUAAGGCAGCAGAACAAUGCAAUACAGUUCUUUAAAAUUUCUAGUAUUCCGCCUAUAAUCAGCUCUUAUGUUUGUUUUACUCUUUCUUUUUUUAUGUGAUUCUGUUGCUUGUGUGUAUUGCAGUGCAAAGAGUAUAUAUUUUCCUUUCUUUAUUUUUCCCUUUAGUGACAAGAAAUCUCAUUUAAUGGUGCAAAUUUUAGUGGUAUACAUGUAGAGACUUAUUUCCUAA